AUGAAGUUCAUUGAUGCUCUUUUACGCCUCGGCGCAGCCUCUCUUUCAUUCUCCUUUGCGUCGGCACAAACUAUUGCCCAGAUCAAUGGUAUCCGGUUCAUCUCGCCCUACCGCAACCAGAAUGUCUACAAUGUCACAGGAUUAGUCACUGCCGUCGGCCCAGAUGGGCUGUGGAUUCGCUCUACCACACCAGACUCGGACAUUCGUACCUCAGAGUCAGUCUAUGUUUUCGGCCGGAUCUCCACCAAUGUUACGUUGACUUCGGGAGACAUCAUUGUGCUCGAUGGGAUUGUUUCUGAGUACCGCUCCAGCUCAGCGUAUCUUUACAUGACAGAGAUUUCCCGGCCUACCAACGUCAAGCUUCUAUCCCGGGGGAAUGCGGUGAACCCAGUGGUUCUGGGAAAACAAGACACCAGCCCUCCCACGGAGCAGUUCACGUAUCUCGAUAACGGCGAUGUCUUUGGCGUACCGAACAAUGUCAGCCUGGUCUCUGUGGUGAACCCUGUGCUUCAGCCGUGGUCCUACGGUCUUGACUUCUGGGAGAGCCUUAUGGGUGAGCUGGUCACCGUCAAGAGCCCCAAUGCUGUUGCCAAACCGAACCAGUACAAUGAGACAUGGGUUGUUGGGAACUGGAGAAAGACCUCCAAGAACAACAGAGGAGGCCUGACUUUGACUCCGGGAGACGGAAACCCUGAAGCCAUUAUUGUCGGUGCCCCCCUUGAUGGGACCGUCAACCCAGACGACAUCAAGCUGGGUGAUGACCUUGAAGACAUCACCGGUGUCGUGUACCAAGAAUUUGGCGCCUACUACAUCCUUCCAUUGACAGCACUUUCCGUCAUCGACUCGAAGCAGCCGGCUUUGCCAGAUCCGAUCACCUGGAACUCGAAAGGGAGCUGCAAGAAGAUUACUAUCGGCCAGUACAAUGUUGACAACUUUGCUUCCAACUCCACCACCCUCCCGGGCAUCGCUUAUGAUAUCGCCUACUUCCUCAACUCCCCGGACAUUGUAUUCUUGCAGGAAAUUCAAGAUAAUAGUGGCCCUACUGAUGACGGCGUCGUUAGCGCGAACGUCACAUUGGAGACGCUUGCGACGGCGAUCGAAGACGUUGGCGGAGUGUCGUACAGUUACGUCGAUAUUGACCCCAUCAACGACGAAGACGGUGGCGAACCUGGCGGCAACAUCCGCGUCGCCUACCUCUACAAUCCAGCCGUCCUAAACCUCAAGAAUCCCAACCCAGGCUCCUCGCUCGACGCCAAUGAAGUACUCCCGGGUCCUUCAUUGAAGUACAAUCCCGGCCGCAUCGACCCCACAAAUGCAGCCUGGCAGGACAGUCGCAAACCCCUGGCCGCCGAGUGGGAAACGGUCAAGGACAAGUCUACGCUUUUCACGGUGGUCGUGCACUUCACAUCCAAGGACGGCAGCUCCUCGAUCGAGGGCGACCCGCGCCCACCGGUCAACCUUGGCGUAGACCAGCGCAACGCCCAAGCAAAUGUGACGGGGACAUUCGUCUCCCAGAUCCUGGCGGAGGAUCCCCAGGCCGCCGUCAUCGUUGCGGGAGACUUCAAUGAAUACACCUUCGUGGAGCCGCUGGAGACGUUCGCCGCAGUCUCGGGGCUCGUGAAUGUGGACGAUGCUGCGGGCAUCGCGGCCACCGAGAGAUACACCUAUAUAUUCGACGACAGCUGUGAGGAGCUGGACCACAUGUACGUGAGUCCCAAGAUCGCCGACGCUCCGGGGGCCACGCCCGAUAUCAAACAUGUGCAUGUGAAUACGUGGGUGACGUACGCGGAUCAGAAGUCAGAUCACGAUCCAAGUGUCGCGAGGUUGAAUAUUUGCUAG